AUGGAACCCAUCACAGAGUUCCCGCUCUUUCGGUAUCUCCCGCCGGAGAUACGAAUCAAGAUAUGGAAACUUGUGCCACAGCCCACUCGUGUGAUCGGACUGUUGCCUCAAGUGUGUACUUGGUAUCGGCAAUAUUUCCAAGAAAUGGCCCCUCGCAGCGACGGCCAAGAAGUUUCUCCUGAUAAUAACCUCUACGACUAUCGUUAUGUCGUGCAGCCCAAAAGAUGUAACAUAUCUCCGCCUCUUCACGUUAAUCGAGAGGCUCGAGCGGUUUGGCUACCGCGUUUUUUUCGGCCACCUCGUCGUGUCCAAAUUUCAGACCUCACUAUUGAGUUUGGUACACCUUUCAUCAGCUACGAAACGGAUAUUUUUACCGUGUUUGAUGGAUGGCCGCUGGACGGUCUCCAGAACGGCAUCGCAACAGGUAGCAGUGUCGUCGACGGCUUUAUUGGCCUCGAGCGCUCGCGCAUACGCAAUAUUGCGGUCUGUGAAUACCCAAGAUUGAUUGAGCGUGUGUCCAAUGCCAUCUCCAUCAAUACGCUGCCAAAUCUGGAGGUGUUCACGAUACUAUCAAUGGGUCCCUGUAUCUUCAGCCCAUUUAAACCAAAACUAUCUCGAGAUGGGCUCGGUUUAAUAGCUCUUGGUGGAUACGAGAUGCUGGUAGCUGAUGUGCAGCGGACUUCUUGCGAAAUACAUGACCUAUCGAAAGAUGUAGUCCAUACCCACAGUUUCUUCAAUCACGCAAGGCUGUUUCACCCAGGAUCAUCAUUAUACCCACUUUAUGGACAUCAAAUUCAUCUCAGAUCUUGGUUGUGGCACGACAUGCAGGAAAAGCACCUGAACCAAGCGGCUGGUCAAAUUGUAGGAUCGUGGUGGUCAUGGAUGGGGUACAUGCUUGACAACGAAGAGGAAGGCGAAGAGAAGACCUGCCCUUUGACUCUAGAUGGCUGCGGUGAUGAAGGACAUACAAAGAAAGAAAUGCGAGAAUAG